CAACAAUCCCACGCCCAACAACUGCAGCCCGCCAGCGACGAGGUAAAACAAUCAAGCAGGUCCAGGCAGCACCCACGCUAGGCGAAAAUUGACUACUCCAACCAGCCUAUCGCUCCCCGCGUUGGCUGUCAGCUGAUCAGAGAUGGCUGGACCGAACCAACGAAAAGGCGACACACACAGGGAUAGCCAGAAGGAGAAGGAUGUGCGCACUGCCAACAUCCUCGCGGCAAAAGCGGUUGCGGACGCGAUCCGAACCAGCCUGGGUCCGAGGGGAAUGGACAAGAUGAUCCAGGGGGGCGACGGGGAGGUGGUUAUCACGAACGAUGGGGCCACUAUCCUCGGGCAGAUGCAGGUGUUCCACCCCACCGCAAAAAUGCUCGUGGAGCUCAGCAAGUCGCAGGACAUCGAGGCCGGCGACGGCACGACGUCGGUGUGCGUCAUCGCGGGGGCCCUGCUGAACGCCUGCACCGACCUGCUGGCGAAGGGCAUCCACCCCAUGGCCGUUGCCGAGUCCUUCCUGGCCGCUGCCGACAAGGCGGAGGAGAUCUUGGAGGGCAUGUCCACGCCAGUUGACCUGGCGAACAGGGAGACGCUUAUCCAGGCGGUGGACACGUGCCUGUCGUCGAAGGUGGUGAGCCAAAACUGCGAGACCAUCAGUCCCAUGGCCGUGGAUGCCGUGCUUGGCAUCAUCGACCCUAUCAACGCCACCAACGUCGACCUCAGGGAUAUCAAGAUCUGCAAGCAGCUCGGAGGUACCAUCGACGACAGCGAGCUGGUGCACGGGAUGGUGUUCGAGAAGGGCGCCAAGAAGAGCGCUGGAGGUCCCACCACCAUCGAGAACGCCAAGGUGGGCCUGAUCCAGUUCUGCCUCUCGGCGCCCAAGACGGACAUGGAGAACAACGUGGUGGUGUCCGACUACGCCGCGAUGGACCGUAUCUUGAGAGAAGAGCGCAAGUACAUCCUUGGUCUCUGCAAGAAGAUCAAGAAGGCCGGGUGCACCGUGCUCCUCGUGCAGAAGAGCAUCCUCAGGGACGCGUACAACGACCUUUCCAUACACUUCCUCGCCAAGAUGGGCAUCAUGGUGAUCACCGAUGUGGAGCGGAACGACAUCGAGUUCAUCUCCCGGACACUGGCGCUCAAGCCAUGCGCUCACAUCGACACCUUCAACGCGGACAAGCUCGGGACUGCGGACCUCGUGCAGGAGGUUUCGAUGCCGGGCUCCGGCCACAAGAUCGUGAAGGUGACGGGCGUGCCAACAACGGGCAUGACCAUGACGGUGCUCAUGCGCGGGUCUAACCGCCUGGUGCUUGACGAGGCGGAGCGCAGCGUGCACGAUGCUCUGUGCGUCGUGCGGUCUCUGGUGAAAAAACGCUUCCUCAUCUCGGGGGGUGGAGCGGCGGAGACGGAGGUCGCGAUGCAGUUGACAGAGUGGGCCAAGACUCAGACUGGCAUGCGAGGGUACUGCAUACGGGCGUACGGCGAGGCUCUGGAGGUUGUCCCGUACACCCUGGCGGAGAAUGCGGGCAUGAACCCGAUCAGCAUCGUCACCGAGCUUCGUUCGGAGCAUGCCAAGGGCAAGGUUGGAGCAGGUAUCAACGUACGCAAGGGCACCAUCAGCGAUAUGUACGCAGAACACGUUAUCCAGCCGGUGCUAGUUAACUCGAGCGCUCUCAAGCUGGCCACCGAGUGCGUGGGCAUGAUCCUCAAGAUCGAUGACGUCGUGGCAGUCAUGUAGAUGAGAGGCGCGAGAUAUUUGGAAUAAGGGAAUCGGUGAUCGGGAAUGAUCUUCGGGGUGAAUUGGGACACAGCUGCUGUCGGUCACCGAGUGCGUGGUCAUCAAAGUCGAUGACGUCUUUGCAGUGAUAUAGAUGAGGCACGAAAUAUGUGGAGAUAUUUGGGUAAACGGUGUCGGUGACCAGGAAUUAUAUUUGGGAUCAUU